AGAAAAUACAAAAAUACGAAAGACAUGGAAUCAACUAAAGCUGGGGGUGUAAUAGCAUACAUCAGCUCCUCGGUCUCGUCUUUAAGCCCGGAGUCCUGCCACAGCGACAGCUCCAGCAGUGGAUACCAGUCUUCCUCACCGUCCCUUCCUUCAUCUCCCAGCAGGAGGGGGCACCCAGUCGCAGAGAUUCAUGUGUCUGGGGGGGUCCAGAGCCACAGCACCCCUCACUGUAUAACUAAAACCAGUCGUUCAUCUGCCAAGGGUGGAAUUACAAAGAUUCAUGGCAUGGUUCUGUUCUGUAAAGUGUGUGGAGAUGUGGCAUCUGGAUUUCACUAUGGGGUUCAUGCAUGUGAAGGAUGCAAGGGUUUCUUUAGAAGAAGCAUUCAACAAAAUAUCCAGUACAAGAAGUGCCUUAAGAAUGAAAACUGUCCCGUCAUGCGAAUAAACAGAAACCGUUGUCAGCAGUGUCGCUUCAAGAAAUGCUUAUUAGUUGGAAUGUCAAGAGACGCUGUUCGGUUUGGACGUAUCCCAAAGCGUGAAAAACAGCGCAUGUUGUUAGAGAUGCAGAGUGCCAUGAACAACAUGAUGAACAACACCCACCUUAACGAGAAGCAGCUGCCUGCGGAGUCAUCUCCAGAGCGACCUGGAGACUCUGCCACUUCCUCCUCUUCCUCCUCCUCCUCCUCCUCCUCCUCUUUCUUGAACUCACCCCUCCAGGAGUGGCAGCAGGAACCGGUGUCACUGCAGUCUGAACUUGAGGAGAUGGAAACAGUCCAGACACCUUCCCCAUCCAGCUCCGACAGUAGUGAAGAGGUCAUCGAAACUGUCACUAGGGCCCACAAGGAGACCUUCCAAUACAACCAAGAGCAGCCCAGCCCUAUGGACAAAAAUGUUGCAAGCCAGCAGGGCGGAGGCAGGAUGAGUGUCGGCUCUGAGGAGGGGCAUGGCUGGUACAAUAGGAACAGCCACAAUGAUUUCAGCAGCUAUAACGCCUACCACCACUUGGGCCACGGGAACCAGCACAUGCCCAGAGAGCAUCACAGAGAUGACACUCUGGCGCACUGUCCCAGCAGGCAUGCCAAUGGACUGACACACGGACACUGCCCUGGCUUUUCAAAUGGCUGUUUGUAUGAUACCCUGAGUGCCAGCAAAACACCUGAGAACGAUCCGAUGCCCAAAAAGAGUUUUAGUGGGCCUGUGUGGACAGGAGGAAACAGGAUGCAUUUGGUGUGUCCUAUGGGAAUGUCCCCUUAUGUUGACUCCAGUAAAUCAGGACAUGAUAUUUGGGAGGAGUUUUCUAUGAGCUUCACCUCUGCAGUACGAGAGGUGGUGGAGUUCGCAAAGCGUGUCCCCGGGUUCCGAGACCUCUCUCAGCACGACCAGGUCAGCCUGCUGAAGGCUGGCACAUUUGAGGUUUUAAUGGUGCGCUUUGCAUCCUUGUUUGAUGCUAAGGACCGUACUGUCACUUUCCUGAGUGGAAACAAAUACAGUGUGGAUGCACUGCGUUCCAUGGGAGCAGGAGACUUGCUGAACUCAAUGUUUGAGUUCAGCGAGAAGCUGAUUGCUCUGCAGCUCAGUGAAGAGGAGAUGAGUCUGUUCACAGCGGUUGUCCUGGUUUCUGCUGGCCGUUCAGGUCUGGAGAAUGUGAACUCAGUUGAGGCACUGCAGGAAACUCUAAUCAGAGCCCUCAGAACCUUAAUAAUGAAAAACCACCCCAAUGAAGCCUCCACUUUUACCAAAUUGCUUUUGAAGCUUCCAGACCUCCGCUCCCUCAACAACAUGCACUCAGAGGAGCUGUUGGCCUUUAAAGUUCAUCCAUAGAUUUUGUGUAACAAUUUCAUCAACUCUGUUGUAUAUUUUGCUGCAUAGAAUGGUCACAUUUAUGUAUAUACUUUACAAUCUUUGGAUAUUUGAUUAAAAAAUGGUAAAAAGGCAGAACUAAAAAAAAUAUAAAAAAUAAAUAACCAAUCCUUGUACUGUAUGGCUAUUUGCCUGUUACAAAAAAAAGAAAAGAAAAAGUUAUUACGAUGUUUGCUAGCACAUAUUUUCUGAAACACCUUUUUGUUGAAAGAAAAUAUAUGUAAUGUUAGUGUAAUAUAAGUCCUGUUUUUCUGUUUUGUCAAUAUUUUAGUUUUUUUUUUUAGAUACUUUCUUACUAUAUUACUUCCUAAAUUGAUCUUGCAUGGAGUAGUGUCCUCAAGCUAUGGAUGUGAUUGCAACAAUUAGCCUGUACCUGUAUAAACUCUAAUAAUGCCUGGCAUGUCACAGGUUAACUGGUGUGUUACUACUGUUACUACUACAAAAAAAGAAAGAUUAUAAAUGUGAUAGCUGCUCAUGCAUGGCUACCCCAUGUGAUUGGGUAUUUUGUAGAUUUAGUGUCUGCUUGUUCAGACGUAUGCUCUGGUAAGCGGAGUUACAUUAUGAUUGUGGGUUUUAUCCCAUGCUGUGAAGGUGCAGUAGCUUUUUUAAUUGAAUGUAUGCUAAUUGUUCAAUUCUGUAUUAAUGUCUAUGUUAUUUAGUUUUUUGCUUGUGUAGACUGGAAUGAAUUUCCAUUUUUACCCUCUUACCUGUGCUGUUUGACAAGCCAGGCCCAUUAUGACAUCAUUAUAAUGAGAUCAUGUUU